UAUGGUGCUAUGAGACGUAAAGGUCAGCAAUUGUAAUUUAGCACCUGUAGCUAGCAUGGCGCUUCUGGGAAAUGAAGUUCGUCUCGCAAAAAAAAUCAGCGUAGUCAAUCUUACGUCAUCAGUCGGUCAUGUAGGAAGCUAGCAACACAUCACAGCGGAGAGAGCUUGGGAUGGCGGGGGAGAAGAGCGAAGAGGACACCGUUUCAGAGUACCUGGGCCAGAACCCCGAGCUGGCCCAAUGGGUCGACACUUUCAGGAGCUACUGUGAGAGCAACAAACAGUGGGUAGCUCGGAGAGAGUUCAUACUGAGAAACAUGGAGGCUUUCCCCACGCUGGAGCACGGGGUUCCCAGCAGUAGUCUGGACAGGCUGCUCUCUCUGUCCAUGGUCUGGGCUAACAACGUUUUCCUGGGCUGCAGCUAUCCACAGGAUGUAAUGGACAAGAUCAAGGAAAUGGGUGACGGGAUAGUUGUCCAAGAUGCCCCAGUUCAUAAAACGACUAAAGAUGGAAUCCUGGGCAGAGGAAAGCGGGAGGGUGAAGUUGACAGCAGCGGGAAGAGAGCGAAAUCAUCCACGAGGAAAUCAGGCCCUCAUCCACAGGCUCCACUAGAACACCAGCCCUUCUUCAACCGCCUCUACAAGGCAGUGGCCUGGAAGCUGGUGUCCGCGGGGGGCUUCGGUCCAAACUUGGACCAUUUUGAAAUACUUCGUAGCUGCGUGGAGUCGUGCAAAGAGACCAUGGCCUGCGUGUACGUGCCGCUGAAGGACAUCGCUGGCCUCCCUGCAGGGCGCACCCAGGAAGGCCACGUGUGUGAGAUCCGCUGUCAGACUGUUUACAUAGGGACAGGAUACGGGCGCGACGAGGCCGCCGCCAAGGCCAUGGCUUCCAAAGAAGCCUUAAAAGUCUUUCAGGGGCGCAAGGUGACAGUAAAGAUCUGCAGACGGAGGUAUAAAGGGAAAGAUGUGGAGGAUUUGGUGUUGUUGGACGAGCAACCUCGGAGUCAGGGGUUUCCUCCCGCACUCAGCUACCCCUUUCAGGACGAGCAGCUGGAAGAAGCAUCUUCAUAGAGCGGACAAUUUGUGACGAUAUUCGGAAGCAUGGGACGUCUACUGAAUGGAGCUACUGAACAAAUCUACGACGGUUUGACUUGGGAAGCAUUGAGUAAGAUUCAUUUUCUUAAUGCAUCCACAAUACUUUGCCAGACAAAUAUCGGGGUUACAUCACCAAAACACUGUCAUACUGUAUUGACAACAUUUGCAACCGCUGUCAGUUUUAUGGACGGUGAGCAGUGUAAGGAAGGGCAUGGAAUGGAGCAUGCACCAUCAUUUGAAAGUCAGACAGCCAUAUUGGCAAAAAGCUCAACCAAGAGUUAAAACAAAGAAAGGAUACUCUUUAGAAUUGUAGGAGAAUGUAUUGCAUUAUUUUGAUGUGAUUAUUCGUCCCAAGAUAACUUCUCUGGCCUUAUCAUUAGACGUUGCGUGUAUAUAUGUCUCCCCUUUGUUCACUCCUGUUGUGAAAGGUAUUGUUCGGGUGAUUUUAUCCUGUGAAGGCCUUUUUCCUUUUUUGUUUGUUAAGAGUUCCACUGCUCAGAUCCAACGGAAACAAAAUUCAAACCAACAAGACUUUUGAUUCACUUGCCAAGGUCCAGAAUUUGGCAUCAGGAUGAAAAAAAAGCUAAACUAAUGCAGUCACUUUUUUUUAAUUAAACAUGAUGGUCUUGUAAUGAGUCUUUAUAACAGUAAAACAACAAUACAAAUAGUUUAAUAAUAUUAUUUUUUGUUUUCUUACUUUUUCAACCGUAAGUGACUGACAUCAACAUUUGUUCUAAUUUUACCCAUUAACCAUUGCCUUUUCUGAUUUCUUUUAGAUAGAUUUUGAUUGCAUUCUGAUUCUCAAGACCCACUCUUGAGUUGUUGAAGGGCAGGAAAGUUUCUGGGUAGAGUUAUUUAUUAUUGCUGAGUAUGUGCUUUCAAUGUCAUGCUAUAAUGAACUGAUUGAAUAUUUGAUAUUUUCAUUGCAGUAUGUUUAAGGAGAACUUCCUAAUUCAGUACCCAUUGUACUGUACAUAGACGUAUUAGAAGCCACCACUUUCAUUUUGAUUUCAUUUCUUUUCUUCACUGAUUUAAAAUACACUGAGACCCACACGAUGUUCAAAGUAUUGUCGUGUCACAAUCAAGAAUAUUAAUUUGAACACAGGUUGAUGCAGUGUAUACAGUUAUACUGGGUUUAGGGGGUUAAAGUGCUGCUGUGAUGUGUGAUUUGAUUUGUGUAUCUUUUUUUUCCAGUUUAAGUUGAAGGUGAACAGGGUUGCAUUGAUGUGUGAAUACCCACACUGUUUCAAGUUGCUGUACGUUUACACCAGUGGUCCUGUUUCUAUAUAUUUUUUAAAUAAACAUAAUUUAAUCAUAAAAA